AUGUUACAUUCAUGCUCACCAGAAUCCAACAAAAAUUUGAUACUCAAGGCAUUUCAAGACAAAGAUUYUGAUCUACGUGUCCUGGUGGCAACGAUAGCAUUSGGGAUGGGAAUCRAUUKUWAAGGGGUUUACMGUACAAUACAUUUUGGACCAUCCAAAAAUGUURWAUCAUACAUUCAAGAAAGYGGGCGAGCAGGAAGAGACGGACUGCAGAGUUCCUCAUUUAUACUAUAUCAAGGAUUAAUGCUUAAUCAUGUCAGCAAAGAUAUUAAAGAAUACCUUAAGACUGAUUGCUGCAGAAGGAAACAUUUGAUUGGAAAUUUUGACUUGGCUUCUGAAGUAGACUAUCCCAGUCCCAUACACUUGUGUUGUGACAUCUGUGCAAAGAGUUGUUCAUGUGAGAGUCCAGAUUGUGGCCUUGCAACAACUUUCCCUUAUGAUCCUUUGAAGAGAACCUCAAACACAACAAGUGACAGUGAAAGAUCAAGGAUAAUACCUGAUGAAGAAAAAGACAUGGUUCUGACUUCACUUUAUUCCUAUCAAAAAUCAUUGAGGCGAGUUCUAGUACAGAUGUCUACUUGCAAUAUUAAGAACAGUAAUAUGAAAUUUCUCCUUUGCUUUUCUGAGUUGCAAAUUGAUCAAGUUAUGAAGAACUGUCAUAGACUGUUUACAAUUGAUGAUGUGAUGCAGUAUGUUGAAAUAUGGGACAUCAAGCAUGCCUAUAAUAUAUUAAGAAUUAUCAGUCAAACCUUUGGAGAUAUUUCUGAUGAAUUUUUACAUUUUGAUAGUGAAGAAGAACAAGAAGAAUCUUGUCUUAACGACAAUGAUUUUGGUGAGUGGAAUUGCUUAUUAGAAGAUGAUGAGUUGUUUGAAUUAGCACUGGUGAACUUAUCUGCUUCUCUUCUGGAUAUUUCCGUGGAUGAGACRUUAAAUAAUUCAAAUAAUGUUGACCUACCCAGUUCUGCUUUGGGUGCAUUAGAAUUUAUGACCUUAUAA